GACAGCUCCACACUGACUUGUCCAAAAUAACGUGUCUAUCUCUUUGUUAGCAACUUUUAAGACAGUCAUCGGUGACAUAUUGCCGACCAAGGUGAUGGCGGCUCAAUUUGGCAGGACGUGUAUAGUGGCAUUUGCGCUUGUCGCCUGCACUUUAUUACAAGUCAAUGGAAAUGAGGAGUCGAAGCUACUUGCAGAUAAGUUUAAAAACUACAAUAAAAAUAUUCGACCAGCAAGAAACCCAGAAGAAAAAGUGAAGGUUCAAGUCAAGCUCACCCUGACCAAUCUUAUUUCUUUGAAUGAGAAAGAGGAAACUCUUACUACAAAUGUCUGGAUUGAGAUUCAAUGGUCAGAUUAUCGACUUGCUUGGAAUACAUCGGAGUAUCAUGGUAUUGACCUGAUCCGUGUGCCAUACAACACUGUCUGGCUGCCAGAUAUAGUAUUAGAAAAUAACAUUGACGGCAAGUUUGAUGUGGCAUACUAUGCUAAUGUGCUGAUUUCGAAUGAUGGCUCUAUGUACUGGCUUCCCCCUGCCAUCUACCGCAGUACCUGUGCUAUUGAGAUCACCUACUUCCCUUUUGACUGGCAAAACUGCACCUUAGUAUUCAGGUCUCAGACAUACAGUGCCAAUGAAAUUUUUAUAAUGUUGGCAGAAGAUGGAGAAACAGGGAAGCCUAUUGAGUGGGUGGACAUUGACCCUGAGGCCUUCACAGAGAAUGGGGAGUGGGCAAUCAAGCAUCGCCCUGCCCGUAAACUGACAAACCCACGCUAUUCUCCAGAUGAUCUAGAGUACCAGGAAGUGUAUUAUAAUCUCAUCAUUCAGAGGAAACCACUCUUCUACAUCAUCAACAUCAUUUUGCCCUGCUCUCUUAUCUCCUCUCUUGUGGUUCUGGCCUACUUUCUCCCUGCUCAAGCCGGAGGGCAGAAGCUGACCGUGUCCAUUUCGGUGCUGUUGGCUCAGACUGUGUUUCUCUUCCUGAUUGCUCAGAAAAUUCCAGAAACUUCACUUUCUGUGCCUCUCAUUGGCAAAUAUUUGAUUUUCGUCAUGUGUAUGACCACACUGAUUGUAACCAACUGCAUCAUCGUCCUCAACUUCUCCCUCCGCAGUCCCAGUACACACACGAUGUCAAACACUUUCAGACAUAUUUUUCUCGAGGUGGUCCCUCGUUUUCUCGGCAUGGCCUCGGUUCUGGAAGAGGAGGGGCCAGGAGGUGGGGCGCAUGAAAUGAGAGAGAGGAGACGCAGUUCGUUUGGACUGAUGCAGAGGGCCGAAGAAUAUGUACUGAAACAGCCACGCAGUGAGAUGAUGUUUGACAAACAGAGAGAGAGACACGGACUCAUGCGCACAAUCGUGGAUGAAAUUGAUAUAAGCAAUACGGCGAACCUCUACAAGAGUCUGGCGAAAACAGCUCCAGAGAUAAAAGAAUGUGUAGAUGCCUGCAACUUCAUUGCUGAAUCCACAAAGCAGCAGAAUGACAUUGGAUCUGAGAUGGAGAGUUGGGUGUUGAUUGGUAAGGUGAUCGAUAAAGUUUGUUUCUGGGUAGCCAUGCUGCUUUUCUCCAUUGGCACAGUGGCCAUUUUCCUCAUGGGUCACUUCAACCAGGCACCUGAGUACCCAUUUCCUUGGGAGAACAAGAAGUAUGUCCCUGAGUGAAGACUCUAUAAUGACUCCGUCCUACAGAUAAAGGUGGACUAGGCGAGAAAGAAAAUGUGUGGUCUGCUUACCCAUGGCAUCGGAUCAUUAGCAAGACAGGAGAUUUCCAGAUGGAGAUGCUCAAGAUUUAAACACUAUGUUUGACUUGAUAUGGAAUUGUGUCUUAUACUUGAUAUAAGGUACUUUAGGUUUCUAUGGAUUGUUAAACUACAGUAAAAUGUUUGUGCUCUCAUCCCAUGUUGUGAAUGCACUUAUUUUUAAGAAUAAAUAUAGGCUACACUA